AUGCCUCCCCGUCUGCCAAUUCGCCUGGCCCUCCCACGGCCCUGCGCCGUCGCCGCCCGGCCUCUCCUCCUCCCGCUCACAGCUACCCGCGGUGUCAAGUAUGGAUGGACCACGGCUCCUCCUCGCAGCAAGCACAAGCGAUUCAACCAGCCUUCUUCCGGUCUUCCUGCGCUCACGAGUGGUCCUGCUGCUGCGCUGAAGCGUCGGGAGAAUACUACGCCUCUGCGCUCGGGUGUCGUCGCCAACAAGACCAGGCAGAAGAACGGUUACUGGGCUGUGCAGAUUGGUGCGGGCUCGCGUGAUGGUCGAAACGUCACGAGCCCAUUGCUGGGUUACUACGAGGCCAAGGGCAUCGCACCCAAGGCUGAGCUCGCCGAGUUCAAGGUCCGAAACGAGUCUGGUCUUCUUCCUGUUGGUGUUCAAAUUCUUCCCGACUGGUUCAAGAAGGGCCAGUACGUCGAUGUCAAGGGCCGAUCGCGGGGUAUGGGUUUUGCUGGUGGUAUGAAGCGCCACGGCUUCUCCGGUCAGGAAGCUUCGCACGGUAACUCCAAGAACCAUCGAACAAUUGGUACAACGGGUCCUUCUCAGGGCAGCGGUAGUCGUGUCAUGCCUGGCAAGAAGAUGCCUGGUCGUAUGGGUAACGAAUUCGUCACAGUGCAGAACCUCAAGGUCAUGAUGGUGGAUAACGACUUGGGUAUUGUGCUAGUCGGUGGACCUAUUGCCGGUCCCAAGGGUCGUGUUGUUCGUCUUCAAGACGCCAAGAAGCGAAAGGCUCCUCCUCAACCUCAUCGUGAGGCUGCUUUGGCUACUCUACUGGAGCGCAACCCCGAUCAUGAGGUUAAGCUCCAAGAAGCCCGGGAGAGGCAUCUUCAGCUGAAGAAUGAGAGAGAAACGGCGCAGCUUCAAGAUUAA